UAUGAAUUAAAAAAAAAAUUCAUAUUCCUUAAAUAUAAUAGUAAUGCAUUCUUCUAUAAAUCUCCUUCUUUAAAAUAUAAUUUAUUAGAUUUUUAUUGUAAUUUCAAGACAUUUACUUUCGUAUUUGUAAACAAAAGAAACUGCAAUUAUAGAUCCAUUUGUGUGUGUGUGUCAAAGAUCAAACUGGAUAUUAAAAAAGUUUACGUGUACGUAAGAGAAUAUGACGGUAAACUUGUAGAAAUUUUCGAAAUGAAAACGAAGUGAAGCGGAACAAUUAAUUAGAUCGCUCCUACUAAUUAUAUAAGUUCUUUACAGAGAAUUUAAUUUUAUCGAUAAUGUUAAAAGGUGUACAUAGAAAAAUUCAUUAAUUUUCUAAAUUGCUUAAGAAACUAUAAGCUUCUUCGUAUGAUUCAUAAUAUUCCAUCCUAGUUGUUUAUAAGCUAGUUAGAAAUUUCUGAAUAUUUUAUUAUCGCAUACCUACACGCUCUUUGCAUUUAAAUAUUAGUCAUGCAAGAACUGUGUUCAACGAUCAUUCUCAAUGCACAGGAUAUGAUUAGGAGGAAUAUAUCAAUAUUUUUCCUAUUUUUCAUAUUAAUAUUAAUAAUAAUAACGAUAAUAAAUAUUUUUUCAUUAAAAAGGAAAAUGGAAGAAAUUAAAUAAAAAUUAUCAAUUUGAUUUUAUUACAUUAAAUAUCGCUCGACAAUGUUGGACAUUUCUUUGUACAUACGAUGUCAAAUAAAUUCUAAAUAAUAGAUUAAAGGAGAAAAGAGAAACAUUGAAAUUAUUCAUUUGAUUUUAUUAUUAAAUAAUAUCGAUAAAUUGUGUUAUUCGUUUCUUUACGCGUAUCUAACAGAUAACAGAUAGUAUAUUAUUGUAAAACCAAAUGUAGGUUUUUUCUUUUUUUUUCUUUUUCUUUUUUUUACUCGCGAGAAGUAGUAGAGAUAGUUAUUUGUUCGGAGGUACGCACAUAGCGCAGACUCGAGGGCUCGUUUACUCCUAAUUCUAGUUGGCUUUCAUUCGUUAUUCCACGUUGUUACAGCAACAUUCGUAGUCGUGUUCUUCGCUCUUGUUCCAUCACUUUGCAUCCCUGACCUGUUGCGUGACAGACGAAAUUUAUGAAAUAACAAAAGCAUAAUUUUCAUAUAAGAUCCCCCAUAAAAACGGAUCCUCAUUCGUACGUAGAGGAUACUUAAUGAUAUAUACGCAAUUGUACGAUCGCAUUGUUACAUCUACACACACAUACAUAUAUAUGUAUAUAUACCUACGAAUGUAUGGAUACUCGUAUACCUGUAGAUAGGCAGGUAAUGGUUGGUUUUAUACGUUUCUACGUGGAGUCUGAUGACACCAUGCUAAAAACGAGGAAUAUCCUUCAUGGAAAUUCCAGUAGGACGAAUUUCAAAAUUUGGUCGGUACUGGGAAAUCGAAAAAAGGGAAAGACAAACGGUAGAAUAAGAUCUAAUCAAGAAAAUACAUUUCCAUUAAGGACUCGACAAUUUCUUCAUAACGAGAACGUUAACACGUUACAUCCUAUAAACAUUGACAAGGAUUCGGAGGAGAGCUUUCAUCGGGCGAUCAGCCCGAUCUUAUGGUGGACACAAUUCUUCGGCUUGCUCCCGUUAUCCGGAAUAUCUGCGAAUUUACCGUCGAGCUUAAAAUUCAAGAAAAUCUCUUUUCGAACUGCUUACGCCAUCAUAGUAGCUGCUUCGAUAUUCGUAAUGGCGAUACUGUCGAUCAUUCACAUGAUAAAGACUCUCAAACCCGAAUCUUUCGGUAUGCGUGGUGGAAUAGCUGCGGCAACAGCCGGGGCAAUAUUCUAUGGAAAUGGUUUAUGCGGAACGAUCAUGUACCUUUGGUUAUCGCCACGUUGGGUGAUCCUUCAAAACGAUUGGAAGGCAAUGGAACAAUUCAUAGAUAGCAACAAAUAUCAACGACCACGGCUUCGUUGGAAAUUCAUAAUAAUAAGUAGCAUCAUACUUUUUUUCGCUCUCUUCGAACAUAUCGUAAGCGUAAUUAACAACAGUACUGACUUUGAAUGGGGAACAUCAAAUUCAACCUUUGCCAAUUUUUUACACAUUUACACCGUCAACUCUCAUAACUUUAUUUUGGAAAAUAUCGAUUACAACUUCGCCGUUGGUAUUUACAUAUUUAUAGUGAGCAAGAUAGCGACUUUCGUGUGGAACUUCACAGAUUUAUUCGUCAUGUUGAUUUCCACCGGUCUGGCUGAAAGAUAUAAGACAUUGAACAGGAGAUUAUUCGAUAUGGCGGAAAAGCACGCGAACAAUGUCGAUUGGAGUGAAUUUAGAAACGAUUACGCCAUCCUAAGUUCACUGGUGAAAAAAGUGGACAAUGAUAUAUCUCCGAUAAUACUCCUUUCCUUCGCAAAUAAUCUCUACUUUAUUUGUUUACAAUUAUUGAAUGGAAUAUCCGGUCCUGAAGGCGACGAUAUUUUGAGUAAUCUUUACUUCUUUGGUUCUUUUGCCUUCCUCAUUCUUCGAACGUGUGCCGUAACUUUAUUGACCGCCAGAAUAAAUGAUCAAAGUAAAACGGUACUCCCAUUAUUGUAUAAUUGUUCUUCGUCCACCUAUAACAUCGAGACACAAAGAUUGCAAUAUCAGCUUACCACCGACGAUAUCUCACUGACAGGCUUACGUUUCUUUUCCAUCACGAGGAACUUUAUGUUAGCGCUAACUGGAGCGAUCGUAACGUACGAGGUCGUGCUUCUUCAGUUCAACGUUGCUAUGAUAAAUUGAAUCAACGGUGGAAGCUACCUUCAAACAUUGUCUCUCUCUCUCUCUCUCUCUCUCUCUCUCUCUUUCUCUCUAUGUUUUUAGAUUAUUUAAUGAAGAUAUAAUACUUUGCAAAAAGGAAAAUAAAAGAAUAUAAAAAAGGCUGAUCGAAAGCAAAAAUACCCCGAUUGAAAAUUCUUAUACAUAAAUUGUUUCAACGAAUUAAGCACAAUUUAUAUCUAAAUAAGAAAAGUGUUAGAAAUAUUAAAGGAUUAAUAAUAGGAUUGUCACCUCGCAAAUGUUCGUAAUGUUAGACUGGACCGUUUGUUGUAUAUUAUUUAUUUGUACCAAUACUAGCUCAUAAGUGACGAUAGUGCCCGCAAUCUAAACAAAUGUUCAAAUAAUUUUCAAAUUUUUACGCGAUUAUAAAUUUAUUGAAUAUAUUUUUGUAUGUAUAAAAGUCUAAUCGUUAGAUUACACUUACCGUCAAGACGAGGCCUCUCGUAACAGAGAAAAAUUUCAUUCCAGUCAGGCUUAUAUUGUCGGUUGUGACUUGGGUCAAAAAUCUCAUUACCUGAAAGAAGUUUUCCAAAAAAAGAAGACCAAAAAAAAAAAAAGAAAAAAAAAACUUUUCGAAGGAACAAAGAAAACUAAGAAGAUUUGAAAAAAAAAUAAGAAUAUUAGCAUACC